AUGAACCGGCUUCAUGUAGAAAGAAAACCAUUCUUGGUACCUAUAAAUGAAGAAACCAAACAUGAAGGAGAAAAUCGAUUGCCAAAGACUGAAUUCCCUCCUCAAAAAAUCCUGAAAUUCGCUUUGGACAAUUGUCUUCCUGUAGUUCCAUGCCAGCAGGGACUGUUUCCUGAGUUAACCUCGAGAACUGUGGAUGAGUUGCCUCCUCCCCCUAAAAUAGACAAAUACAAACUUGCAAGAUUUUUAGCAGACAAGGCUAUCAGGGAAAGGAAAAUCUUUACCAUCUAUGGACCUUAUCCAGUGAUUCGCACAUCUUUAAGGAAGAGGGGAUGGGUGGAGAAAAGGAACACUGUUAAAUGCGAUGUUCAGGACCAUAAAGAUGAUGCAAACGAAACUGAACGUGACAAUGUUGGCAAAGCUGAGAGUAAAACUACUUUGCAGGAAGAAGAAAGUCAUUUUAACAGUUCAAAUGACAUCCAUGAUAUAAUGUCUAGGUUGGUAAGAAAUGAAGAAACCUCCUUUUACUGGACUAUAAAAAAGGAUGCAGUUGAUUACUAUAAUCUCCACAUUGAUCAGAUGCUGAACCAUUAUGCAAGAACCGGCGCUUUUACAACCAAAAUUGGACUUUGUUUGCACAUGAGAAAUUUGCCAUGGUAUGUGUCAGCCAACCCAAACCAUUUUUUCCCUCGAUGUUAUGGCAUUUGCAUGGAGGAUGAGAAAUGUGAUUUUAUUGAUGAUUUCAGGAAAACGGCAGCAUUCUGCAUCAUCAAAUGGAUUGUUAACUUACAUAUUACUGAUGAUAACCAUAACUGGUCAUGUAAAGAGAACACCAAUAAAGAAGGUGCAACCACUAAAGAUCCUGAGGUAAAGAAAAUGAAGGAGCUUCCCGGAGAAGUAGUAGAAAUGGCUUGCAAGGUGUGUGAAACCUAUCUUGAACAAAUUGAACAUGGCGAUAUUGACACAGAUGUGGACAGUGCUCCAGCACUUUCAGACAAAGAAUGGAAUCAAUUAAUCGAACAGUACUACUCUCUCAUUCAUGAAGGUGCAAUGAUUUGUAACGCAGAUAGUUACUUCACUCAGUGUCAAAACAUUUUGCACAAAAUUACGCUAAUAAACCCGCAGCACGUUAUUGAUGGUCUCCACAACAUCUGGAUCAUUAAACCUGGAGCAAAAUCCCGUGGCAGAGAAAUAGUAUGCAAGAACCGACUGGAAGAGAUCUUGAAACUAGUUGAGCAAACUGAACAGUUUCCAAUAAAGGAUCAUAAGUGGGUUGUCCAAAAAUACAUUGAGACUCCAUUAUUGAUUUAUGAUACAAAGUUUGAUAUUAGACAGUGGUUUCUUGUAACAGACUGGAACCCCCUGACAGUAUGGUUCUACAAAGAAAGCUAUCUGCGAUUUUCCACUCAGCGUUUCUCCUUAAACAACCUGCAUAGCUCCAUUCAUCUUUGCAAUAAUUCUAUCCAGAAAAAUUACAAGAAUGCCUCAGACCGCAGUUCUCAGUUGCCGUAUCACAACAUGUGGACAAGCAACAAAUUCCAAGACUAUUUGCAAAAGAGAGGUCUUGGCCACGUCUGGCGCAAUGUUAUCUAUCCAUGCAUGAAAAAAAUCUUAAUCUAUACAAUGAAGAUGGCUCAGGAGCAAGUUGAACCACGCAGGAGCAGUUUUGAACUCUAUGGAGCAGAUUUCAUUCUUGGAAAUGACUUCAAACCUUGGUUGAUUGAAAUCAAUAGUAGUCCAACCAUGUAUCCUUCUACUCCGAUUACAUCAGACUUAUGUGCUCGUGUUCAAGAAGACACCAUCAAGGUAGUUAUCGACAGGAGACUUGACAGAAACUGCGACAUUGGAAGUUUUGAACUUCUUUGGAGACAGUCCAUGUUGGAUCAGCCGCCAUUUAAUCCCACUGACCUUUUUGUGGAAGGUAUCAAUAUUAGGAGACUGAAAAAGCAUGCAGUUUCCCUCACCAAUUUAAACUUCUUUGAACCACUCCUGUGUGUAACUCAACCUGCAACCAAUCAAGAAAAUAAAGGAGAUUCACUGGUGCCUGUCAACUGCAAGCAAAAUCCAAAAGUAAAACAUGGCAAUAGUGCUCCUUGCACCUUGCCAAAGACCUUCAAGAAGCCGCAAGAGAAAAGCCUUAAAGGAAAAACCAUCCGAAAAAAGCCUGCCAGAACCAUAGACUUUCCUCGCAUAGUUGAAGGCCCUGAUGCAACAUCCAUGUCUGACAACAAAAAGACCAAAGCAAUGAAAGAGUCAAGCCAUCAGACUGGAAGUCAAGUAGUCCCCAACUUUCAAAAGCCACAUGAAUUAGAUUGGGCAAUACUUCAGCCCUCCAAAGAUUCAGGUCUGCAGAACAAAAACAAGAAGACUCCAUGCCUGAUUUGUGAAGGUUUCCAGUCAGAGAAAGCUUGUAAACACUGCAACUCUUUCUGUGCGACUGUAUUACAAGGAGGUUCAUACUUACCCAUGAGUCCGUGUUCUCCUCCAGAGAACAUGGCAAAGAACAGGCUGACUGUCCCAUGUUAUGGCCCUCCAAAAUACUUUUGA